AUGGCUGUUGCUCUCAGUAUGGUGUGCUGGAUGCCGCUCUUGAAGAGGCCGUAUGAUGUAGCUGUUGAUGCUGAAGUGUGCAGUGCUACUACUGUUCGCAUUACUGGCUUCGUGAUUCUACAACCACUGUACCAAAUCCGUUAUCAACAAGUGGUUACAUUGGUAGCCAUUUUGCUUGAAACAUUUACAUUUUACUGGCUGUAUGGAACAUCGGUACUCUUUGUUGAUAUCCAGUUCAUGAAGAAAUCACCUCCAAAAGUAAUUUGGAAAGUUUGGUGGAACAUAACACCAAUAAUUAUUGCAGGUCUUAUUUACUUCCACUGCACUUAUUCCCUUAAUUAUCUGAACCAACAUCUGUCAAACUAUCAAAUAAGAACAUCAAAUGUCAUGUUGACUUUAACUAUGAUGAUAAUACCUAUUGGGACUCUAGUGCAAGUUGUCAAACACAUCCGAAAAGAGAAGAUGGAAAGUUUGCUAAAGCCAACGUUUACAUGGGGUCCACCUAAUCCACAUCUGCGAGCAGUGCGUAAGAAGUACAAACCAUCAGAAGAGAUUCGCUCGCAACCUUUCACCUAUCAUCAGUGGCGCAUGGAACUUUAUACUGAAGAUAAGAUGUUACAUGAGAAUCCAGAAGAUACACAAACAUAA